AUGGAGAAGUUCGAGCGCGCGCUGCGCGACGCGAACGAGUGCGUGCGGCUGCAGCCGACCUGGGCCAAGGGCUACUCGCGGCAGGCGGCGGCGUUCCUGAGCAUGGGCGACCUGCAGGCGGCGCGGGACGCGUGCAUGCGAGGCCUGUGCCCCUCUUUCCCGCGCGGAGAGUGGUCUCUCGGCCUCGACCUCGAGCCGGAGAACUCGCAGGACUCGAGCUUGUUCGACAAGCAGGCGCCCGUGAGCGACCUGUCAUACGCCGACAGCACGACGGGACGGCCGUGGGCCGAGUGCGGCCAGUACACAAGCCAAUGGUGGGGCGUCGACCUCGGGAGCGAGGUGUAUGUGCGUUACGUGCGGCUGCAGAACCGCAACGACUGCUGCGCGGAGCGGCUGACGGACGUCGACAUCUAUCUCGGCUCGACGGCGGAGACGUACACGGGCAACGCGCUGGUGAAGUCAGACGUGAGCGUGUUGUCGAACGUGAUGUUGGAGGUGGAGAUCAACGCGUUGGGGCGCUACAUCUACCUCAACCGGCCGUCUGCGGCGGGGCUGACGGUGUGCAAGUUCUACGUAGGGUAA